CGGGAGGAGCUGCCAGCCGCUGCCGUGCGGGGACUGGGAGUGGCGGCGCCCCUGGUCCGCGGGGCCAGGACCCUUCAGGCCUUUGGUGACCCCAGGCUGAAGCUGUAGGCUCAUCCCGGCCCUGUCGCCGAGGGUGGCUUCUCUCUGGGCCGCGGAUUCCCCGUCUGUGAAAUGGAGGGUCCACUGUAUUUGGAAACCCUCAGUCUCUUCCGGAUCUGGGUUUCUGUUCACCUGUCAGUCCUGAGCCACGCCCUUCUGUUGGACACCCCCCUCCCCCAUCCCCUUCCCGGAGUGAGGACCUACGCGUUCCUGUUUCUCAUUGUUUAUUGCAUGAGGACUUCAUGGUGGAACUUCAGGGUUUGUUCUCAUCACAAGACAAGAAAGACUACAGGUUGUUCUUCCGAUGCACUAGGAGUAAGGCAGAGGGGAAGCACUGGUGUGGAAAUGUCCCCUGGCAGGAUCCUACUUACAAGGAACGUUCUGUAACCAGCACGUCUCAGCGUGCUCUGGAGCCAUGCCCUCAUCCUUACAGCCAACCACGAAACCCAUUCAAGGUGCUGGACAAGAAUCAAGAACCGGGUCUCUGGAAGCAGUUCCUCAAAGGGGACGGUGAGGGAAAGAUGGCUGCCAAGAAGCCGAAGGAAAAGACUGGCGAGCUCUUGGAUCAAAAGAAGGAACAGAAGCCCGGAUCUGAUUGCCGGCUGGAGAAAGAUCUCUCAUCUGGCCUGGUGAUGAAGACACAACAAUCUGUAGUUCAAGGGAAGAAGCCCGAGGAGAGAAAGAAGCCGUUUCAGCACAUGGCCAAGGAGACUGAAGGCACGCACAGCAGAAACUUUUCUGAAAUGAAAUCCAAGCAGUGUCGGGGAACUGAGCCGAGCAGACCAUCUGCGCCUCCCCGGGAAAAGUCAGCUGGUGAGAGUCAAGGUGUCCAGAAAGAAUCGGGGCUUCCAGGAGUAAAGGACACUCGGGCUUUUCCUCCGAAGGUUCACCAUCCGAGCCCAGUGGCCCAGCCCCAGGCAGGCGGCUGCCUCCGCAAGGAGCUCCCCCGGAACCCGGAGGCUGGCAGAACAAAGGCUCCCGGCGAUCCUCCAGCCCAGUCUCUCCAGAAUGGGCUGCCCCUGGGGCGUUCCCAGCCACAGUCCGACACGCCGGUGCCUGCCCCCGAAGGACAGGCAGCUCCACGGCUGUCCCCACGAGAGGGGCGCCGAGCUGCCACCAGCAGUGACGACAGCGAGCAAGAGGAUGACGUUGUUUUUGUCGGCUCUCAUCCAGGCAGCCCCUUACUCUUUGACACGGCUCCAAACUCAGAGAAGAAGCAGAGCCUUCAACUCCCUGCCCCGAGCGUGGAGAGAAAACUCUCUCCUGCCUCAGUUUCCAAGCAAAUGGAACCCUCCGACCCUGCAGCCCAGCGCGUGCACCUGACAACACAACUGAGACAGAAGAAGAGCACACUGGCAUCCGUGAACAUCCAGGCUCUUCCAGACAAGGGUCAGAAGUUGUUCAAGCAAAUACAGGCGCUGGAGGAAGCACUCGGCGCUCUUGCCCUCUCCCCAGAACAAGGAACUGAUGAGAAGAGCAACACUCACGUACCACAACCGAGUAACUUCACCAAAACUACCACUGACCCUCCCCACUUGGUGCCUCCCCUACCACUUCCGGGUCGUGAUCUCCAACCUGUGGGUUCUCUAGGACUAAACACCGCUGGAGAACCAGGUCAGUCCUGUGGAGGCCACAAGAACCAAGAUUGCCUUCACGCAGUGUGGAAGAUCACCAGUGAAGCCAUCGAUGAGCUGCAUCGAUCCCUCGAGUCCCGUCCUGGAGAGACAGCUGAGGCAGAAGAUCCGGCUGGGCUGAAGGUCCCUCUGCUGCUGCACCAGAAGCAGGCAUUGGCCUGGUUACUCUGGCGGGAAAGUCAGAAGCCACAAGGAGGAAUUCUGGCGGAUGAUAUGGGUUUGGGAAAAACCCUGACAAUGAUUGCCCUCAUCCUGACCCAAAAUAGUCAAGAGACAAAGAAAGAAAAGGACAAAAAUGUGGCUUUGACAUGGCUUUCUAAAGACGACUCCGCUGACUUUGUCUCCCAUGGGACACUGAUCAUCUGCCCUGCUUCCCUGAUCCAUCACUGGAAGAAUGAGGUAGAGAAACGUGUGAAGAGCAGCAGACUGAGAGUCUACCUCUACCACGGGCCCAACCGGAACCAGCACGCCAAAGUCCUCUCGACGUACGACGUUGUGAUCACUACCUAUAGCCUUGUGGCCAAGGAGAUUCCCACAAAGAAGCAGGAGGGCGAGGUCCCAGGAGCACAGCUCAGUGUGGAGGGCAUUUCAACACCUUUGCUUGGAGUAGUCUGGGCUCGGAUCAUAUUGGAUGAAGCUCACAAUGUUAAGAAUCCCCGCGUGCAAACGUCGAUAGCUGUGUGUAAGCUGAAGGCGCAUGCCCGUUGGGCUGUCACUGGAACCCCCAUUCAAAACAACUUGCUGGAUAUGUAUUCCCUGCUGAAAUUUCUUCGUUGUUCUCCAUUUGACGAUUUCAAUCUGUGGAAAAGUCAGGUUGACAAUGGUUCAAAGAAAGGAGGAGAACGGUUAAGUAUUUUAACCAAGAGCCUUUUGCUGAGGAGAACAAAAGACCAACUGGAUUCCUCUGGCAGGCCUUUGGUGACCCUGCCCCAGCGUAAAUUUCAGUUGCACCGUUUAGAGCUUUCCGAAGAUGAAGAGACUGUUUACAAUGUCUUUUUUGCAAGAUCAAGGUCAGCUCUGCAGUCCUAUCUAAAACGACAUGAGAGUGGAAGCAGCCUAUCAGGAAGAAGUCCUGAUAAUCCGUUCAGCAGAGUGGCCCAGGAGUUUGGGUCCAGUGGGCCAGGAUCCUCCAUGGCAGCAGACUCACCGAGGUCCAGCACCGUCCACAUACUGUCCCAGUUGCUGAGACUCCGCCAAUGUUGCUGUCAUCUUUCUUUACUGAAGUCGGCCCUGGACCCAACAGAACUGAAGAGCGAAGGCCUUGUCCUAUCCCUGGAAGAGCAGCUCAGCGCUUUGACCUUGUCCGAACUCCAUGAUCCAGUCCCAUCGCCUACGGUUUCCCUUAAUGGCACCUGCUUCAAGGUGGAGCUUUUUGAAGACACACGCGAGAGCACCAAGAUAGCAUCUCUGUUGGCAGAACUGGAGGCCAUCCGAAGCAAUUCAAAGUCCCAAAAGAGUGUUAUUGUCUCUCAGUGGACCAGCAUGCUGAAAGUUGUAGCACUGCACCUCAAGAGGCAUGGCCUGACUUACGCCACCAUCGAUGGCUCCGUCAACCCCAAACAGAGAAUGGAUUUGGUGGAGGCAUUUAACCGCUCCAGUGGCCCUCAGGUUAUGCUGAUCUCUCUCUUGGCUGGAGGUGUUGGUCUAAACCUGACUGGAGGAAACCAUCUCUUUCUUUUGGACAUGCACUGGAAUCCAUCACUUGAGGAUCAAGCUUGCGACCGGAUUUACCGAGUCGGGCAGCAGAAAGAUGUUGUCAUUCACAGAUUUGUGUGUGAGGGAACAGUGGAAGAGAAGAUCUUGCAGCUCCAAGAGAAAAAGAAGGAUUUGGCCAAACAGGUUCUAUCAGGAUCUGCAGAAUCUGUCACCAAGCUCACCUUGGCGGACCUCAAAGUCCUUUUUGGCAUCUAACCUUGUUUUCAGGGCACAUAACAAUGCCAUUGCUGGCUUGUGUUGGGAUCUGGGACUGGCCACCUAACCAUGAUCCUUGAGUGCUGUUCUUGGUAGCCCAUUCACCUCCUCAAAAUGAGGCAUGAUCUUAUCCCUAGAACUGAGGGUACCCUAUUGGCUAAUCAAUCAACAUGUUUAAUGAACUGCAUGGGAACCAGUUGGUUUUUAAGCACUUUGGAGUUGGGUCAUUUUGGAAACCACUGGCAGAAAUGUAUAUAAGGUCCGGUGGAGACCAGAACAUCCCAUUUCCUUUUUCUCAGCUGUUGGGAGAGCCGCCGUUGUUACCUGCUCUAACACGGCCUGCACCCAUCUCUCUCUCAGCUUGCCCAGGACACUGCCCGCAGAACCAUCUCCUGGUGGAUGGGCAGGGUGGAUCGCUGUGGCCAGCCGGCUGUUCCUGUGCAGCUCUCAGGCUGAACAGGGGGUGCUUUGCAUGAGGGUACUUCAGAAAGCUCACAGAAUAUGGAAUUCAUAAAAGAUGUUUAUUUUGUUGCAAAAAUAUUUUGAAAUCUGUGUACUUUUUCAUAAUAUACAUUUCUCUGAACUUUCUGAAGUCCCCUCAUGUAUAGACAGAUGUUGAGCAUAAUUGUAUCAUCCGGGAUCAGUGUGUCAUUUAGUAAUGUAUCAUCUUGAUAUCAGUGUGUGUGCCACUUAGUAUUGAUUAUCACUGUGUCAUUUAGCAUUUGUGUCAUUUGGUAUCAUUACACCAUUGAGUAUUUCAUAUGUAAUAUUUGUAUCAUACAAUUUAAUAUUUGUAUAAUUUUUAUUACAAAUUUACAGUAUUUGUAGAAUUUAGUAUCAUUUCAUUUAGUAUUUUCAGCAUUUUGUUGUGUUGUUUAGUAGUUAUACCACUGUAUCCUUUAGUGUUUGUAUUAUCAUUGAUAUGAUUUAAUAAAUGUCUUUGACCAGGUAGCAAAGACAAUGCCAUA